AUGGUAAUAGAACAGUCAAUGGUGAAAGCUAUGAAGACGGAUGGAGGUAUUGCUCGAGGGAGAAGUACAAAAGAGAGUGUCAUAAGUAAAUGGGUUUAUAGUAUGCAUGCAAUGAAUACAGUUUGUGAAAGAUUAGAAGACCUCGCUAAUGUAAGAAUGGAUACGACCGAACAGCAUGUUGAUGCAAGUGAUUUACGAGUAAAAAAAGAUACAAAAGAUAUACGGAAACUUCUUGAGCGGUUCUCCACGCAUGAUCCUUUUCCAGAGGUUGACAAAAUUAUAUAUAUUUCAAGUGGUGUUGUUGGUGAAAUUAACUGUUAUAAAGCUCGUGUAGUUGGGCUUAACUCUAUGACAAAACUAACAGGACUAACAUUUAAUAAUAUUAAAUUAAAACGCGCUGACAAAGUAGUUCCUCUUUUAGCUAUGAGUAGCAUCAUUAAAGUUCACGAUGAAAAAGUACCAAUUGACCCUGUAUUAUUGUUCCAACGAAUGAGUAUUACUGCGGCAUUUCAAGAUGAAAUUGAAAAAUAUUUUAAAUAUGAAUUGGCUCCCUACCCAUUAUCAUUGUUUGAUGAAAUUGGAAUACGCAAAACACAAAAGUCUGCCAUUUACGAUUGUUUCUAA